CCUCCUAGUCGAGGGAUCCCACCUCUGUAUCGCUAGGCUUGGAGGUUCAACUGUUCUCGGAGCUGUGGGGGAAGGAGGAGGAGGAGGAGGAGGAUUUGCAGACAGGCUGGUGUUUGGGGACUCCAAAACUUCAUUAACAAGCAAUAACCGAGGAGGCCACUAGCUGACUACUGAACCGUUUUCUGGAUCUGUAAUCUUUUCUGUUUCAAGGAUUUGGGACUUUGCUUCUAGAAGAGCAUGGCCUCCAUCCUUCUCCAGGUCAUCUGUGGCAUCCUGGCUUGGCUUUCUCUCUACGCUGGCUUCUGGUGUCGAAACAAGCACCGCAGUCCAGAAUGGAGCUGUCGAAUGGUCACUUUCUUGCAUGGCUUGAUUGUCACUUUCCUUUCGGGCUACAUUAUCCUCAUGGAUGGUCCCUGGCCGCUGGCUCACGCAGGCCACCUCAACACACCACUCCAAGUGUUUGUCAUCUGCCUGUCGCUAGGCUAUUUCAUCUUUGACUUCUGCUGGUGCAUCCUCUUCAUCAGCGAGAGUGACUUGAUGCUCUCUCACCACAUGCUCUGCAUGUGCGGCAUGACGCUCGCCUUGGACACCGGCAAGUCGGGUGCUGAAAUCAGCGCCAUCAUCUUUGUGAGCGAGAUCACCAACCCUUUGUUGCAAAUGCGCUGGUUCCUGCGAGAGAGCGGAUGCUACCACAGCUUUACUGGGGAUGUGGUGGAUUUCUUGUUUGUGAUUCUCUUCCUGGGGCUGCGGAUCUUUGGGGGAGCAUGGAUUGUGCAUUCCGUGAUGAAUUCACCCAAGACAAUUGUGACACUCAAGGGUGGAAUCCUAGCUAUGUACGCAGUGUCUUUCAUAUUUAUGCUGGACGUCUUGAGUUUCGCCAGGAGGAAAACGAUCAAAAAAUACCAGGCUUGGAGAAGUGAAAGAACCAGAGAAGGUCACGCCAAGAGUAACAGACAUCUUCCAGUAAGUUAAUCUGGACAUCAAGGGGCCUGUUGCACCCAACCUGCAAGGAGCAAAUGGAACUUGCUGAGCUUUGCAACACCUUCUGUGCCAGAUCUGGAUUCAUGACCCAGCUCCAGAGUCACAUCUAGAACUAAACAUGUUCUUCCAGAAGAAAGAAACGUGACAAAGACAGCGGAAAUGGCCUGUGAAAAAGAUACAUGCAAGAGGAAGGGCUUAAUUCUAAAAUCAGAUUGCCCUGCCAAUCCAGUCAAAGGCCAUUGCCCAAGGGGGCUGCUAAAAUGGAUUAUAGUGAAGUACGGAUCUGAGGCACGAAGGGUUGGGUCAUUCUGUUUUGGUGGCCAAGCUGGGGGACAGCCAGAGUUCCACCUGAUUCAAAGAAUCACUGCAGGUAACUCUGGUUGUAAAGAAGAGAUGCUUGUCAGAUGGUCAAGAUUAGGACAUGAAACCAGACUUCUGGUACUGUUAUCUUACCCGGCUAAGCUACAGGUUGGCUACCUGCCAAUCAUAGACAGUUGAUUUUGGGUAAACGUAUACAGGGUUUGUGCCUCCAGAGGGUGCAAUUUCACAUCACAUUGAGCCAGUGUGUCUGCUCUUCCUGGAAGCAGCCAUUCCUUCUGAGUCAAACAUUUCUACUACCGCAUCCUACCAUGGUCUCCUCAAGUCUAUUUCUUCACAGUGCAAAUCCAAGGGAUUCGAAUUGCUUCAUGAACUCAUUGCUCAAGAGUGAACUUCUGUAUCUGGGGGAAAAAAAACACCUUUCCAGCUAUUCAUUUUCUUACAACUACAAAUGAAAAUAUUUUUAAAAACCUGCAAAUACAAGUCAAAUGAAAGAAAAUGCAAAAAUCUAAACACUGCAAAAGGAACAACACAAGCAAAGGAACAAUAUACCUGAUUUUUUCCCCUACUUUUCUGCAUACAGACAUAGUAAUUACAUCUGUAUAAACAUUGCUACAGCUCAGUGUUUCAACAACCAAUUAAACCUUAACUGCAUGGAAUCAUAUUGUCUGGUGCUUCCUUUCUGCCAAUAAAGAGCCAAUUCAAAGGUGAAGAGCUGACAGUCUGUGGUGUGUGACGCACAAGUGUCCUUCCAGGAAUACAAAACAAUAUUUUCAGCAACUGACUGAGCAUGAUGUAUCCAGAGCUCUUCAUAAGUGGACACAUUCCAAAUAUCUAGACUAUAAUUUAACAAUCCAUUAACACUGUUGAACCUUUAUCUUCUGCUCCUCAAGAACCUGGUUCACCAUAGUCAUAAUAUCCAACCAGUAAGGAACUAACCACCGAGAUGAUGAAUAUAUGCACUACAGUACGUUUCAUCUCCAACAUGAGAGUGAUAACUCCGUUUUUCUGAACCUCCCUUUCCGAGACCAAUACACCUGACAGAGAAUUUUUGUGGAAUUAACUUUAUUUUUAGAUCAUAGCAAAUAUAUUUAACAUUCCCCAGGACUUGAAACCAUUGGUUUUGUAACAUAGGAAUCUUCAGUUCUCUAUUCCAAAUGUCUUGGAUGUUGUCCAAAACGAUUGUUGUAUUUUUUUUUUAAAAUGUUGGUAAUAUUGAAUUGUUGUUUUAGCUCCUAAAAAAACCCUUCUGUAAUACAUUCAAAGGUACAUGGGUUUCAGAGGAACUGACCUAAAUACAGAACGUAACAAAUGUUUUCACUCUGGAUAUGAUGAGUGUUCUUGCGUUCUUCUAGAAUAAAUACAAAGAGGACGUUGGAUCUUCUCACUGUUGCUAGCCUUUAGGGAUCUCCCCACAACUCUUCGCACCCCAAAGGGUGCAAAUUUAGCACGCAUGCCAUGUUUUUAACAGGAGGGUUUCCCCUUGGCUGUGUACUACUGAAAUUGUCCUCCUGGGCUCAGAGGAAUAAUUAGUGCUAACCUUGCAAUGCUCCAGAAAGCUGCCCUUAAUCCCCACGAGCAAUCUCUCUCCAAAUGCCCCACCAGCUUAUUUGCAGAGUUUAACUGGGUCAUAUUUGCUGCAAGAAAAACUCAAACUCAUCCACAGUCUAACAAACCUGAGUCUGAUGUGUGAAUCUAGCCAUGGCAAUUUGUAGAUAUGAUUUCUUGAUAACUUUGCAUGAUGGGGGAAUCCAU